CCAAAUCAUGAUUGUUCGAUCAAUAAUUGCUAUCACUCUCGUGAAAUGAUGGCCGACGCAGAUCCAGUUGUUGUGUGGACUCUGGAGCAUCUCAUUGAGUCAUGUGGGGCAUUUGCCAGCGACGAGAGACGACGCCAUGGCCAGGAGACGGCCAGCAACUCGUUCCUUUUCUGUGCUAUUGAUUGCACGAUUCAUUUCUCCCCCACCCCCACUGACUCACUCAAUCCGUCGACAAAGAUCGAAUUUGUUGCUUUGCUCUGCUGAGGAUCAAGGAAGCAGCAGCAGGGAUUCUUCAGUUGUUGUGUGAUGGCGACAAGAUUUCGAAGAACUCGUUUGUAGGUGCGCACGAUCUCUUGUAGGUCUUGAAAUAAAACUCGCAUUUUUGGAUCUUUUCGUUGUUUUUGUCAUCUUCUAAAAGAUAUCGAAGAUGGCGUUGGCUCCCACUGUAAUGGUAGUUUUGGGAUCCCUAGCUUUUGGGAUCUUCUGGAUCUUGGCCGUCUUCCCGGCGGUGCCUUUCCUGCCUAUUGGCCGGACCGCCGGAUCCCUCCUCGGCGCCAUGCUGAUGGUCAUGUUCCGGGUCAUCUCCCCUGAGGAAGCUUACGACGCCAUCGACCUCCCCAUUCUCGGCCUGCUCUUCGGCACCAUGGUCGUCAGCGUCUUCCUUGAAAGAGCCGACAUGUUCAAGUAUUUGGGGAAGCUGCUCUCCUGGAAGAGCCGAGGCGGCAAGGACUUGCUCUUCCGAGUCUGCCUGAUCUCAGCCCUCUCCAGCGCCCUCUUCACCAACGACACCUGCUGCGUCGUCCUCACCGAGUUCAUCCUCAAGAUCGCGCGGCAGCAUAACCUGCCCCCGCAGCCCUUCCUUCUAGCCCUAGCUUCCAGCGCCAAUAUCGGUUCUUCCGCUACUCCCAUCGGUAACCCGCAGAAUUUGGUCAUAGCCGUCCAAAGCAAGAUUUCCUUUGGCAAAUUCCUGCUGGGCGUCCUUCCCCCCAUGCUUCUUGGGGUGUUUCUCAAUGCCGCCAUUCUUCUAAUUUACUACUGGAAGAAGUUGUCCGAUGAGAAGGAUGUCGAGGUAGCCUCUGUCUCUGCAGUGGCUGGCAUAGGGGAUCAGUAUGUCGCAUCUCACCACCGGUUUUCACCGGCAACAAUGUCACACAAAGAUUGGGAUUCCAUGGUUCCCUGCUCAUCAGUCGAUGGCAAUUUUGCUCAUGUUGAGACUUUGAGGAAUCGAAGAAUUUCGACCGAAUCUUACUCGCAUUCUGUCUCGAGCAGCAAAGCUGAGUUAACAAUGCCACUAAAUGGAUUCAAUGAGGAAGCUCAAGCUUCAAUGAGUUACACAAGAAGUGGUAGUUCAAUGAAAGGGAUGAAGGAUGAAAUUCUAUUCUACUCGUCCGAGGAGAAGGAAGCUACAAUUGAGAGAUGGAAGGUACUCCUAUGGAAUUGGUUAGUCUAUCUUGUGACUAUCGGAAUGCUUGUUUCCCUUCUGAUGGGGGUAAAUAUGUCGUGGUCGGCAAUAACUGCUGCUCUUGCUCUCAUUGUACUGGACUUCAAGGAUGCUCGACCUUGUCUCGAGAAGGUUUCGUAUUCAUUAUUGAUAUUCUUCUGUGGGAUGUUCAUCACGGUUGACGGCUUUAACAAAACUGGCAUACCGAGUGCUUUGUGGGAUUUAAUGGAACCCUACGCACGCAUUGAUACUGCCAGUGGGACUGCAGUGCUAGCUUUUGUUAUUCUUUUUCUCUCUAAUGUUGCCUCCAACGUACCAACCGUUCUGUUGCUUGGAGCUCGGGUGGCUGCUUCUGCUGCAGAAAUUUCUCCAGCUGAAGAGACCAGGGCAUGGCUGAUGUUGGCAUGGGUAAGCACAGUCGCCGGGAAUUUAUCACUUCUUGGAUCCGCUGCCAAUUUGAUAGUAUGCGAGCAGGCUCGCCGUUCUCAAUCUUUUGGCUACAAUCUCUCUUUUCUGACGCACUUGAAAUUUGGAUUCCCGUCGACGAUUAUCGUCACGGGUAUCGGUUUGCUACUUAUGAGAUGAGAAGUUAUAGAACAAUUGAUUGGGAGACAACAUACUAGGAUUGUUAUCUGUCCAAGAACGACGGUAUGUUGUGAACUAAAUGUGCAUCUUUUAGGAAGGAAGGAGUCUGAAUGAGUUUAGCGAUCGUACUUCUCUCAUCUGUUUCGAUUGUUGUUAUCAUGAAUAUUGAGAGAUGGAAUAUGGAAGUCAAGAUUUUGGAUAACUUAAGGAAUAAAGGUUCUGUAUUCUCUAUUUUUCUUGUUCCUCCUCUUUAAGCUUGAGCAGAGCAAGCUAGGUGGAAUGGAUAGCCUGGAUCGAGAAUCGAACCGUUGGGAUGACACGAU